UUUAAUACGCAAACGUAUUACGAGUCAAAAAAAUUGUUUUUUGGAUAGUCUUCGGCAGAAUAUCUCAUUCCAAAGACAACAUAUUUUCGUAGACUUUGAAGGGGAUAAAAAUGGACUCAGAAAGUGAUACUGAAGAGUUUUACGACGCCCCAGAAGAAGUCUCUUCCAGUCCUGCCAGGAAAGUGACGAGAGAAAGGGGAAACCGCCAGUCAGCCACCAAUCAGUAUGAAGAUGAGCUACGUCAUUUGGAGGAAGAGAAGCGGAAGGCCGAGGAGAAGAGACAGAGGGAGGAUGCCAUCAUCCAGCAAAAGAUCAAAGAACUAGAAGAGAAGAAGAGAGAAGAGGAAGAACGAGAGCAACAGAGGCUCCGAGAAGAGAUGGAAAGACUCCAGAAGGAGAGAGAAGAAGAAGAAAAGAGAAGACUGGAAGAGGAAGAGCGACAAAGAGAGGAGCAGGAAGCAGAAGAGCGUCGCCAAGAAGCCAUUAGAAGGAGAAAGCGUUUAGAACAGAUGAGACGCAAUGAAGACGGGGAGGAGAAUAUUAAUACCCAAACUGGUACCCACGAUCAAGGAGAAUCUCAGAUUCCCCCUGACGUAGAACCACUGGGAGAGAGUUCAAAUCAUCAAACCAGCAGCAUAGACCAGGACCAGGACCCCUCCCAAAGGUUGGAACGAGAACCAGGUCUUGCUAACCGGAAUGUAGAACCCGACGUCAUUGCCAGCACCAAGGAGCGUCCCGUGGACCUCCCGCUGUCAGGGGCCAUGACUUCGUCACCUACUAGGGACCAAGCAAGUCCAUCAUCCAGUGCUCCAUCUGCCCAGGGUGAAGGGGUACAGGAUGACAUGCCUCCACCGGUAGCUCCUCCGAGGAGGAAGAAGAAACAGAAGAAGAUGGUGGAGAUGGCUAGACAGGAGAGCCUAGAUAGCCAGUCAAGCUCAGCCCUUUCUUUGUCAUUGAGAGAGCCUUCAGAGGAAGGAUCUCUGGCAGGCGGUGAAGAUCAACCCAUCGGCCUCCCACCGGAGGGUCUAAACCGACCUCACAGCGGUCUCCUAACCCCCACUACUACCAUCGAGAGCCUCACGAGGGAGCUUGAACAUUCUUUGGAUCUUGCCAGCGCUGUGCACGGUGGAGACUACAUUAUUCUUCAUAAGGACACUCAAAGUAUCAAAGGAGAAUCAAGGGAAGACCUGAAAGUCCAAGGGUCACGUCUGCCGGAGUCCAUUCCCAAAGAGGUGAAGCAGGGCGGGGCAUGCGUUCCUAUUAGCAGCUCAUCAUCUCAACCCGAUAAACCAAGCCGUGGGAACACCCCCGAGACAGAGAAACUUCUCAAGUAUUAUAAUCUGAUGCAGGGCCAGUCCAUGACAGGGGAAGAAUUGACUGAUGAGGAAAUUCUAUCUCAAGUGAUUGUAAAGAACCUGGACACCGGUGAGACCGUGCCCUUACUGCUUGCUGAGGAAAGACUUCCAAAGUGCAUUAAUCCUCUCUCUCUUCACAUCAUGCGUAUUACAUCAGAAUAUGUCAGUAACUCAAGUCUCGACAAGGAGGCAGGCAGUGACGGUGAAAAGGAGACUGGUGCCACUGAAGUUGCACACCAGAUCAAAGAAAAGAAGAAAAAGUUGAAGAAGUUCCUUGGUAAGACAGUGCAUAAGUUAAAGACGGCGGCCGAUGAAGCUUUCAGGCACGAUGAUCAGGAGAUUAGUGAAGAAGAAUCAAUACCAGAUACCCGCUACUGCAAGUUCAAGGCAGCCUCAAGUCACAAAGGAAGCUAUGAUUUUGAUCAGCUGGUCAACUGUCAGGAUCUUAGUGGCGAACACACAGGAGCCAUCUGGACCAUGAGAUUCUCUCACUGUGGAAGAUUAUUGGCCACAGGAGGCCAGGAUCACCUACUGAGGGUGUGGGUUCUCAAGGAUUACUACAAGUACUUCGACGACAUGCGCCAACGCUACAACAACGAAUCCAGGGCCAAGUCCCAGACCCAGGGCAGCUCCGACAGUUCCAGUUCCAGCCUGGAGCGGGACCGCAAGCCGGAGGAGAUCGAGGAGGAGCGGGAGCAGCUGAAGAAGGAGGUGAUGGAGAUGGAGGGAUCCAUCGAGAAGGAGGAGGCGGCCAGGAGGGGGGAGAAGGAUACAUCGCUGGAGGAUGUCGAUCAGGCGGAGGAGGAUGGGGAGGCGGUGUUCGCCAAGGCACCGUUCUUCACCUACUCGGGUCACACCGCUGACCUUCUUGAUAUCUCCUGGUCAAAGAAUUACUUCAUUCUCUCUUCAUCAAUGGAUAAGAUGGUUCGUCUGUGGCAUAUCUCUCGUAGUGAAUGUCUCUGUUGCUUCCAACACAUAGACUUUGUGACAGCUAUUGCCUUUCAUCCAAGGGAUGACCGCUAUUUUCUCAGCGGCUCGCUGGACGGCAAGCUUCGUCUGUGGAACAUCCCCGAUAAGAAGGUCGCCCUCUGGAACGAGGUUGACGGUCCGACCAAGCUCAUCACGGCAGCUAACUUCAUCCAGAACGGAAGGUUUUCAGUCGUUGGUACCUACGAUGGUAGAUGUAUCUUCUAUGAUACAGAGCAUUUGAAAUACUACACUCAGAUCCAUGUCAGGUCAACAAGAGGUCGCAAUGCGAAGGGACGUAAGAUCACCGCCAUCGAGCCUCUGCCUAGCCAAGACAAGAUCCUUGUAACAUCCAAUGAUUCUAGGAUACGCCUUUAUGACCUCCGUGACCUCUCGCUGGCGUGCAAGUACAAGGGUUGCACCAACAUUAGCAGUCAAAUCAAAGCAUCGUUCAGCCAUAAUCAUCGUUAUAUCAUCUGCGGAUCGGAGGACCAUGCGUUCUACAUCUGGAAGACACACUAUGACUUUGCCAAGUUUACAUCGGUGAGGAGAGAUCGCAAUGACUUCUGGGAAUCGAUAAGAGUCCACGAUGCAGUGACAACAUCUGUAGUCUUCUCUCCAAACCCUAAGCUUGUGUUGGGAUCAGCUCCUGCCAUCGCUUCCGGUCUUGACCCCCAGCAGCUGGUCGGAGGGUCAUCAUCCCCAUCGCCGACGUCCAAGAAGGAUCGAUCGGAUUCCGCCAAGGGGGAGCCCAGCGGAAAGGAAGGAAAGCACUCGUCGUUGAAGCGGCCUCCAGAUCUUGGUGAGGUGCUCGUCUCGGCCGACUUCAAUGGAGCUAUCAAGGUCUUCAUAAAACAUCCAAAAUAAAUUCCAUCUCAGAGAGAGAGAGAGUGUGUGUGUAUGAAAGUGUGAGAUGGAAAUGGUGAGAGACUUAGGGAAAGAGGGUAAGAAAAAGAGAGAGAGGGUAAGAAAGAGAGAGAGAGUGAGAGAGAAAGGACUUGUCAUCUCUCUCUAUCUUGUAAGAAACUCCAUGCCAGUUGUUGCCGAUGGUUACAGGGUUGUGUAUCCUGUGCUGGUGCUAAAAUUAAGAGUGCGGACUCAUCGCAGACUCUUCCCGCUCUUUGGUAGCUCCUGAUUUUAGAGCCUUGUUAGCCUUGACAGAGCUUCACCUUGUACAGCACCUGUGUGUAUCUCCAUUAUAGGACCAGCAGAUAAUAUCCUACGAGGUUCCCCCCCCAUGAUUAUCUACAGAUAAGAUAUAAAUUGCCCCUCAUCUAGUGUACAUGUAUGUGUGGUAUUUGUGUUACCCUACCAACAAGGUUAAAAAUUAUAUCUGUAUAGAGGCUAUUUGGCCUACUUAUGUUCAUUCCAAGAUAGACACUGUAUAUAAUGUUGUAUUUAGCCCAUUUGUCAUUUACAGGGGCAAUUUUGC